AUGGGACUCCAGAGCAUGCUGAGCCCAUGCAACCUCUCUCCAAAAAUGUUGGCCUCCUUCAUCAUCAUCUUCCAUCUUCCAUCGGGUGUCCUGUCCCAGAUGCAGCUGCAGGAGUCUGGCCCUCAGGUGGUGAGGACUUCAGAGACCCUCGCCCUUACCUGCACCAUCGCUGGUGACUCUGUCAGUAGCAUCACUCCUACUUGGGACUGGAUCAGGCAGGCCCCAUGGAAAGGCCUUGAGUGGAUGGAAAGGACGUACUUCACGUCUGGGUGGUACAGAGAUUAUGGGUAAUCUCUCAAAGGCCGACUAGUCAUCAACCCAGACACAUCCAAGAACCAGUUCUCCAUGCAACUGGCCUUAGUGGCUGCCAAGGACAUGGCCAUAUAUUACUGUUCAAGAGAAUCAGUUAGAGGAAGUCAGUGUGAGCCCAGACUCAAACCUUCCUACAAAGGAGCAGGAAGGGCUGGGCUGCAGUGGGCUCUCAGGACGACCAGUGGGUGCACAAGACCACAGAGCACGGGCCCCAGAACAAGGAACAGGUGCAGAGCUGCAGGGUUGUUCACAUGCAAAUCUCUCUCCAGCCAUGGAGGCAGGAGGAGCCUUAAGAUUGAACAGGUCAGUGUGAUUUCUCAGUCUGAGCUGAGGUCUGUGAGGAAGACAGGAUUCCCUAGGAAAAAAAAUAUGAAGUUACUGUGCCUCCUCCUCUGCCUGGUGGCUUCAAUCCUAGGUGUCCUGUCCCAGGUGCAGCUGCAGGAGUCAGGCCCAGGACUGGUGAAGCCCUCAGAUAGCUUGACACUCACCUGCACUGUCUUUGGAUUCUCCAUCACCAGCAGUUCCUGUUGCCAUUGGUUCUGCCAGCCCCUGGGGAAAGAUAUAGAAUGGAUAGGGGAGAUAUGUUAUAAUGGUAGCACUUACUACAGUCCAUCCCUCAAGAGCUGCAGCACUGUCUACAGAGACACAGCCAAGAACCAGAUCUUCUUGCAGCAGAGCUCCAUGACUACCAAAAACACAACGAUGUAUUACUGUGCAAGACUACCCAUGGACAGCAGGGUCUUAUCCUCAAAAUGA